AUUUCUGCGUCGCCCAACCCGGAAAACCCUGCACAUUGGCUUGGUUUAGGCCUAACAAGAAAGCGAUAGUGAGGGAGAGAGGGGGGAAAGGCGGUGGGAUUUUUGGGGAUGGAUUUAAGCGUAGUGCCGUACGGUGAAAUGGGAAGAAGUAAAGUGGAUCGGGGAAGAGAGCCGAGGGCGGCGGAUGGCGGUGGCGGUGGCGCGGAGAAGUAUAGAGAGUGUAUGAAGAACCACGCUGCGGCGAUCGGCGGCCAGGUGUAUGACGGGUGCGGGGAGUUCAUGCCGGGAGGGAAGGAGGGGAGUCUAGAGGCGCUAAAGUGCGCCGCGUGUGGCUGCCACCGGAAUUUCCACCGGCGUGCUGGCUUCUUCUGUGGUGACCGCUGCCGCCCGCUCCUCCUCAAGGCGGCUCCGUCGCCGUCCGGCUUCCCUGUCUUCCUCACGCCACCGCCGCACCCGAUGCCGCUGCCCUUCCACGCGAUCCGCCCUCCCCCCCCGCCGCCGCCGCCGCCAGCGGCCUAUCAAGAAGAUCGGAGCAGAGUCGGGUCGGAGACGCCGCCCCAGCGGGAGGAGCCGGCGGCGGCGGAGGGGCCGCGCGGAGCUGUUCGGAAGCGGUAUCGGACCAAAUUCACCCAAGAACAGAAGGAGAAGAUGCAAGCGUUCGCGGAGAAGCUGGGUUGGCGGAUCCAGAAGCACGACGUCGUUGCACUCGAGGAGUUCUGCGUCGAGGUUGGCGUAAAGCGUCACGUGCUCAAAGUGUGGAUGCACAACAACAAGAACCACCUCUCCUCCUCUUCAUCCUCCGCCGCCACCGCCGCCCCCGCCGCCACCGCCGCUCCCAAACCCGACGCCACGUCCGCCCCUCCCAUCCGCGUCUAAUCCCACUCUCACCCGACGAUAAUUAUAAUAAUGUCGUAUUUGUCAAACAAUAAUAACAACUCUUAUUUCAUAUUCCUUCCAUUUUCUCUUGUUUUUCUUCUUCCAAAAAAGGAGCCGGAGAGAUUAGGGGGAUUUAUUUUAUUAUUAGGCGAGCAUAAAGGCUGACAACCUCCGGGAGGAGCUGUAUAUUUUGUGCCAUUCCGUCCGGAUUUUCUUAUAAUAUUAAUCACCAGAAUCCCUUCCUCC